AUGAGAAAUCUUGUUGUUGUUACUGCUUCUUUGACUUUUCCACUGCUGCAUUUCUUUCUCGAUACUGUUGUGAUUAUGCAAGCUUGCUUUGAGACGAGAGUUUAUCGGAAACAACAUCUCUGUCUGCACAAGGUAAGUUAUUUUCUGCUUCUUCCUAUGGCUACCAACACAUCAGACAAUAUUGAUCAGCUCAAUAAAGUGAUAGUAGCCAUGGUACCAUUUCCUGAUAAUAGCCAUCUUACUCAGCUCUUUGUUCUUGGUCGCUUCAUCUCUCAUAAUAUACCAGUACAUUUCCUCUGCCUUGCUGAUCGGAACCAAGAUUUGAAACUGCGCGUCCAAGGUGAUCUCAGGGCCUCAAACAUCCAUUUCCAUGACAUUUUAGUACCUUCUUCUCUGGCAGAAAUAGAAGAUGUUGGCGAUGGUCUGCCUUCGAUUGUACUAUUUAUAAAAAGCAUCAUCAAUCCCAUUCGAAGAGCGUGUAUUGAUCUCUCUACCAAUGCAAAGAGAUUUGACAUAAUUCAUGACUCCAUAAUGAUGGAUCAUGUGAGGGAUGUUCAUUCAUACCCGAACGUGAAGUCUUAUAUGUUCCACUCCAUUUCAGCAUUUGCCAGAUAUUCUUUGCUCCGACAAAGUAUUGAUCACAUAGUUGAUGAUGAUGAUCAUGAAGGAAUGAUUGAGAAAAUGCCGGAUGAGUUUCCGUUAUUGGAGAGUACGGUUGCACCAUUUGCGGCAGUUUUACUUAGAAAGGAACAUGAAUGGAAGCUCAACUCGGGAGAAAUCAUGAACUCCUGCAGAGAACUAGAAGAAUCACACGACUCUAACAACAAGAGUCGUCAUGAGUGCCUAGACUUUCUGGACAAGCAAGACGCUAAUUCAGUAAUAUUUGUUUCUUUUGGAACAACCACUACAUUCUCACAAGAGCAAGUCAAUGAGCUCGCGCUUGGUUUAGAACAAAGCAACCAUAGGUUCAUUUGGGUACUAAGAGAAGCAGCUAAAAAGAUGGAAAAUGAGAAAUUUGAAGAGAAAGAUGGGAAGAUUGAAUUACCAGAAGGAUUUGAAGAAAGAACGAAAGGAAGAGGAAUGAUAGUGAGAAAUUGGGCGCCACAAUUGGAAAUCUUGGGGCACCCGUCUACAGGUGGAUUUUUGAGUCAUUGCGGAUGGAAUUCUUGUAUCGAGAGCAUUAGCAUGGGGGUGCCUCUAGCAACUUGGCCAAUCCAAUACGACCAGCCUUAUAACGCUAUUUUGGUAACCAAUGUACUGAAGAUUGGAACCUCUGUCAGGAGUUGGUCUCACCGAGAGGACUUGGUGACUGCAUCAACCAUUGAGAAAGCUGUCAAGACUUUGAUGGGUAAGACUGAAGGGGAAGGGAUGAGGCAAAGGGCGAUGGAAUUUCUGUUAGCCAUGGAGGACUUGCGCGCAAGGAAAUGGAAUCUUUCGUAUCAUGUAUAA